UCCUCCUGUUAAAAAACAAAAAUCAUCAUUAUUAUCAUCAUCAUCAUCACCACAUUGUGGAAUCUCAUUUGUGUAUUAAAUCAGACGUAAAGGCGCGCAAUCACAAACAGCUCUCUCUCUCUCUUUCUCUCUUUUUAUUCUCUCUCACACACGUUUAUCUUUCUGUGCUGUGUUGAAUAAAUUUUUUUUUUCUAUUUUUCUUUUUUUCAAUCACCAUUAAACGUGAAUGAAAACAAGUUGUGUGUUAAAACCGAAUCGUUACGAAUGAAACGGAACGAGAUAUCGAGGUCGUGUUGUCCGAGCAUAAAGUGUGUCUUCAUUAGGUGACACAAAACAGUAUUGUCGCGACUCGUGUUUUGACGUUUCUACAAUCGUCGUCCAUUGCCCGGUUUUCUGUUGGACAAUUUGGACGCACGCAAGAUAAUAAAUAGAAGCGAUUUGAGCGGGUCGUCGACGUUGCUGUUAUAUUGUCAUCAAAUAUUAUUGCUCUCUCUCUCUUUCUCUCUCUUUUUCUCUCUCAACGACGAUCACUUGGAGGGGGAGAAAAAAAGUAAACAUAUUACAGCUAAAUGAGGCUAAUGGAACCAUUGGGUGUUGAUCUCAACGUGAUUGAACUAACAGCACUGAAAAGAUGGGGAGACUUUCCAACUCAGCAUCGAUUUACCGACUAUUCGAGUGCUUUAGGCGAAUCAGCAAAUUACACUUCUAGUCCAUUUCCCUGUCAAUCAGAACUUAAUCAUAAAAUAGCACUAUGGACUGGCGAUAUAUCUGUUCUACAAGUGGAUGCUGUUGUCAAUCCCACAAACGAAACAAUGGACGACAAUGCAUUGACGUGCCAAAGAAUAUUUGCCCGUGCAGGAUCUGGUCUUCAAAAAGAAAUUUACAACGAAGUUAAAGAGUGCAGAACUGGUGAAGUAAGGACAACACAGGGUCAUGGUUUACCGGCUCGUUUUAUCAUACACACAGUGGGGCCAUUAUAUAAUACCAAAUAUCAAACGGCGGCUGAAAAUACAUUACAUUGUUGUUACAGAAAUGUUCUUCAAAAAGCAAAAGAACUCGGAUUACGUAGUAUUGCCUUGCCUGUUAUUAAUUCGGUUCGACGGAAUUAUCCACCAAAUGAAGGAGCACAUAUAGCCUUGAGAACAGUAAGAAGAUUUUUGGAGCAGUACUGCGAUUACAUCAGCUGUAUUGUUUUUGUGCUCGAGCCCUGUGACUUAGGAAUUUAUGAAGUACUUUUAUCGCUCUACUUUCCACGAACUCCUGCGGAAGAGGAAAAUGCAUGUUGGCAAUUGCCUAUUGACAUUGGAGGAGUGGACGGUGAACCACAAUUUCCCGAUCGUCAAAUCAGAAUUAUCGACAAUCCACAACAUGCACUUCACACAACUGAUGCAGAUGAAGCCGUAGAUUUGACCUCACAAUUGGAAACAUCAAUUAGCCUUGGUGAUCAUGCAUUUACACAAAUGCAAGGUGAUUUAGACCGACAAAGACUGUUAGGAGAGAGACCUCUCACGGAUCCUCUAGCUGAUUUGCUCAAGCAGAUGCAACACAAAGAACGGUACGAGAGACUUCUCCGACGUGCCAAAAUGGAAGACCUUUCAGAAAUUUCUGGAAUUGGUUGUCUUUAUCAAAGUGGAACCGAUCGACAAGGACGACCUGUUGUCGUAUUUGUGGGCAAAUGGUUCCCGGCUAAUAAUAUCAAUCUCGACAAGGCCUUAUUGUACCUGAUUCAGCUUCUGGAUCCUAUCGUUAAAGGAGAUUAUGUGAUUGCCUACUUUCACACAUUGACUACCAACAAUAACUAUCCUAGUCUAAGUUGGCUUCGAGAAGUCUACAACGUACUUCCUUACAAAUACAAAAAAAAUCUGAAGCACUUUUACAUCGUGCAUCCAACUUUCUGGACAAAGAUGAUGACGUGGUGGUUCACAACAUUUAUGGCGCCAGCGAUAAAGCAAAAAGUUCAUAAUCUACCUGGUGUGGAAUAUCUUUAUGAAGUCAUGUCACCAAAUGAAUUAGAGAUACCUGCAUAUAUAACCGAAUAUGACAUGACGAUAAAUGGACUUCGAUAUUAUCAUCCUGACCACUCAUCGCAAACUUCCACGUAACUGUCGGUUUAGACUAAAUUUUAAGGUCGAAAGCUAGUAAACCUGGCAUGGGACAAUCUUCAAUCUUUAAAAAUGCAUAAAAUUUACUUCUCUUCAAAAAGAAAAAAAACAAUUGAUGCUACUUUAUGAAAAAUUGAGAUCAACAUUUUCGAUAUUCUCUAUAUAUAUUGGCAGGCGUCGCUCAUUUAUGAAAUAAUCGUUGAAAACAAAAUAAUUAUAAACGUAAAGCGAAAGUAGCGAAAGAAAAGGGAGAGAGAAAAAAAACACUUGUGUGAGUAGAAUUUUCAAAUAAGAUUGCAAAAACAAAAAAAUUUCCAAUAAAUUUUUGUCUAUAGAUGCAUUUGAAAAAAAAAAUCUAGAAUUUUCGCGUGAAAAAUAUACAGAGAUAAAAAGAAAAUAAAAAAAUAAAAAAUGCAAACGAUUUAAUAAUAAAUUCCAAGGGUGAAAAAAAUUUAAUUAAUUUUCAUGAUUUGUAAUAUGAGAAUUCACUAUAUAAUGGAGAAUUAAUUGAUUUUAUUUGCCCCUGGACUAAAAAAAAAAAACAAGGAGGCAAUUGUAAAAUAUUUGGGAAAAAAAAAUGGUAAAAAACCAUUUUUAAAAGAUCAAAGUAGACUCUGUGAGUUAAAAGAAGGUAACGGUUGUGUUACACUUCGUGCCUUUGAGAAAAAGUGCAAACGAAAAAAAAACAGAAGAAACCGCGAGAAAUCCAAAAAAAAAAAAUUUUAAAUUCAAAUUUUGUCGACAAAGUAUAACAACGACUUAACGACGAUAAAUUAAAAAAUUUUUUUUAUAAAUUGCAAAUAUUUUAGAAACCCAAAGAAUUCCACUUUCUCUUUGCUAAUUAUUAUAUAAUAAAAAUUACAAAUUUUUAAUUAUUGCCAAAAAAAAAAAAACUAUCAAAAGUUCCUCUGAGCGAUUCAAUCAAGUUUUUGAUACAAAAUAUUGUUAAAAAAAAGAAUGGUGCUAGUAUAUACUGAACAGACUUCUUCAUGCAAUAACCGCCUAAAAUAAUUACUUAUUUGAUAAAAUGAAUGAAUUUUCUUUUAUUAAUAAUUAUUUCUUUUAAUAAGAUUUUAUUUUCAACAAUAACAUUUAUUUUCUCAAUAAAUAGAUUUAUUUGAAAUUAAUUUCUUUGCUAAAAAUAUUUUAAUAAAAAUCGUUAAGUCUUGUCGGAAAAAGUUACUAUUAAAUAUUUUAUUACUUAUUUUAAUUAUUAAAUGUUACAUUUUACUCUAUAUUAAAUUCUACAAUUAAAUAUAUUAAUGUAUUACUUUUUUUGUAAGACAUAUUUUAUUAUUUUAUUUAAUGAUUUUUUUAUUUUAUUAUACUGUUAAAAAUUUAAAAAAAAAACUCUUUUGUUAUUUUAAAAAAAAGAUCUAAAAAGAAAAAAAUAUAUUUUUAGGUAUUUUUUAAUAGAGUAACAAAAAUAAUUAAUUUUAAAAAUGUCCUUCUUACAAUUAGUUACAGAAUUUUAAACAAGAACUGUUUUCAUUUUAUCACUGUCAAAUGUGCCAAUAAUAAAAAUUCUAUUAAUUAUAGAAACAAUUGUAAAAUCUCUAUAUAUUUGUUGAAAUUUUAAAUUAAAUAUAUUUCUAAUGUUUAAUAAUUAACAACAAAAAAAAAUUAGUUAUUUAAUAUUGUUGACUGAAUAUUAAAUCAGAGACGAAAUGUUAUAAUCAAUAAUAAUUGUGCAAUUUAAUGAUUGAAUUUAAAAAUUUUUUAAUAAUAAAUUUAAUUUUUUUUAAAAACUGUGACUGAACAUUAAGUUACGAUUUUAAAAUAUUUAAAAAAAACUGACAAACUAAUGAUAAUUUUAAGUACAUGAAAAUAAACAUAAAAAAAAUUGAUUGACAGGAGAAAAAGUUGGAAUAUUUUAUUCGCUAAUUAUAAAAAAGUAAAAAAAAAUGAUUAUCAUUUUUAUGAUAUUUAUCAAAAGAAGAUCAAAAAAUAUUAUAAUAAAAUGUUAUCAUGAAAUGCGCACAUGAAACAUUUCAAAUUUUAUUAUUGGUGUUAAGUGUAAGUUGAGAAUAAUACGCGCGCACACUUUGGGAGGGGGUAAACGUCACGCUAUUGGUAGUCGCACUCUUCCCACUUCUCUCCACAAGUUGCGCGCGCAGUGUUCUCAACCUAAUCACUAGAGAAAAAAAAUAAUACACCAAAAUCGAAGGCAAUUUACAAACUAAAAACUAUAUCUACCGAUUAAAAUUACUAAUAAUAAUAACUAUAAAUUAUUAAUUAAAAUAAAUACGCAUACUAGUAAUAGUUUUAAAAUGCCAUGCUGCCCUAAAAAUAUUUUAUAAAAAAAUUAUUUUCCAAUUCUCUAAAAAAAAUCACAUAUCUCCUUGAGAGCACUGACAAUGACUUCUAUUCUCUCUCUCUCUCUCUUUCUUUCUCUUUUUUAAAAAAACCGCACUUACAAUUUAGUAAAAGUAGAAAAAUAUUUCCUGGGCUAUAAAAAAAAAAAAAUUCGUGAUGUUUCGUAGUUCUUCCUCAAAUAAUAAUUCCGCCAAGAAAAAAAAAACAAAACUCUGCAGUGUUCUCUAAUCUUUUUCAUGUAAAAGAGCUUUAUAUUCGCGCAAAAAAAAAAUUUAGAAAAUUCGCAUGCAUUAUGAGACAUUUUAAAAGUGUAUAAAAAAAAUUACCUCCUUCGUCACUCGACGAAAUUGUUGUAUACCACGUGUUCAAUUCGCGUUGGAAUAUAGUUGUAUUCAAGUUUAAUCCGAUCGAUUCGCAUCAAAUCGAUCAUCGUUACCCUGUUAAAAAUGUAAAAAAAAAAAAUGCAAAAACCGAUAUUUAUAAAAUAUUAAAUAUGAGUCUGUACCUAUAGGCUUUAACUAAAAAAAAAAAUCACACAGGCAAUCAUCAAUGUCGUCAAUCAUUUCAAGUACUAUAUGUAACAUAUAUUCUCUACGCUAUUUACACUGGAAAAAAAUUUAUUCAUCCCCCCCCACCUCAGCACCUCAGUGAUGUUUUGUGAGAGUCAAAUUAUUAUAUUUAUGCAAAACAAAAAGUGUGGUGUCUUACUUAGAAGUAAUGUCAUCGAAUGUAAGAGAAAAAAAUGCUGUUCUGACCCCUUAAAGAAAAGAUAUAUUUAGAUCGAAUUAUUAUUCGAUUUAUUAAUAAACGGCUGUUGUAGAGUAUAAUUACAAAUAUAAAAAUUUAGAUCAGUUGAGAAUAUUGCGCGCGAAAAAAAAAAUUGGUGGGGGAAACAAAGCACUGUGAUUGGUAUUCGUACGCUCCCCACCAUCUACUCUCUAUGUUACGCACAGUGUUCUCAACUAGACAAACUUAAAAAUCAAUCUAGUAAAUACAAAAAAAAAAUAAAUAAAUUCCCGGAUAUCAAAAGCUGAAAUAUAAUUUCUAACUUUUUUUUAAAAAUCUAUUUCCAAAAGAAGUUCACUGGUUCUUUUCAAAUUAAUUUAUAAUAAUUUUUGACAACUUUCAAAAAUUCUAUUCUCAAAAUAGAAAAAAAAAUUUCUUUUUCCACUAAUAUAUGAACUUUAUUAUUUAAUGCUCGUGAAUUUUUUCCAAAAAUGCUAAUUUGCUCAAAACCAAAAAAAAGGCAUCACUAAAAGUCAAUGUGUAUUUCUAUUUAUAAAAGUCAAUGACAAUUUUUUUUCCACACUUCUCCAAGUCAAUAUUAAAAUUGAAAUUUAAAAAAAUCCUUUUUCGAAAAUAUUCACGAGCUAAAAAGCAAUUUUUGGAGAAAAAUCAAAUAUUGAUAUAAAAAUUGUAAAAAAAAAGCUUUCGUUUUAUUAUUAUAUAAGAGAAAAGUAUGAUUUUUUCUUCUAAAUAGAACUGAUUGACUUCAAAUUUAUCCCACAACGACUUUGUGCAAAAAAAAAUAUUUAUGUUUGUGAAUAUAUUUUACGAUUGCAAAAGUUGGCUGACUGCUUAUUAAAAAGUGUAAAGUCCAAAUUAGCGAUCCAUCUGCGCGCGCAAUAUAAGUGUUGCGCGCGCAACUAUUUUAGCGUCAAAAGCUAAUUCGGACUCGGAACUAAUAAAUAAUAAUAAUAAUAAUGUAUUGGACGAUUUGAUUCGUCGAAAAUCAGUAUUUUUAACACCGUACACAUAAAUUAAUGUGUACGGUUACUGUUAUAUGUUGUGCCGAUGCUCACUUUUGUAAAUAAAAAAAAUAACAAACAAACAAAAAAAAAGGUAUAUGUAUGUGCAAUCGGUGCAAUACUUUUUAGAGUUUAGAAGGCUGACAAAAGGAAAAAAAAAAUAAUUAUACAUAAAAAAAAGUGAAUAUAAAGGAGUGAAACUUGAGAGCGAAAACGGAAAUGUAUUUAAUAAUAUAUAGCCUAAGUCGGCGUCUUUGCGCUCCGGUUGCUUACCUUUAUUUUCUUAUAUAAAACUGUUAUUAUUACGAAGAUUAUAUCUAUUUAAUCGUAGUAUAUGAAGGAUAUUUUACUAUCAUGAACUUUGCUAAAUAGAAUAACUAAUAACCGAAUCGAAUCGUGAAAUCGUAUUUUCAGGAUAAAAAACAAAAAAAAAAUCUAGUUAAUAUAUUUUAGAUUGUAAAAUCCAAAGCGAUACCUCUUGCGUAGCUUCGGCUUCGACGAUUGGCCAUCAUAACCUCAAAUCCCCCCCCCCCACGAAAGUCAUAUUUCAAUGUUAUUCCCUUUUAAAUCAUAUUUUAUCGUGAAUAUUGUAUAAAUUUUUGCCUCGUGACUAAAAUUGUAAUUUUAAAUUGCAAGUUUCAGUCGUUUGCAUAUAUAUAAAUAAAUAAAUAAAUAAAUAUAUAAAAUUAAUUGGCCAAUCGACGCAGCGGUAGGAGGUGAUAUUUUAGAAAUAAGAGUAUAUUACUUUUAAGAGCUUCGCUAAAAAAAUAUAAGUAUAUAUAUAUAUAUAUAUAUUAAAUUAUGCCCACAAUCCACAGAGAGGAUACUUGAAAUUGUUAUCGGUUUUUAGUGAAAAAAACACGUAUAUAAAUAAAUUGACCAACUCAUUCGUUUUAAAAAAA